CACAUUACUGUCUCCAAGGCAGUCGCAACAAUUGGCUUCAUCGCCGCCUUCGCAACCGUGAACCUCGCCGGUCAAUACGUCGCCAUGGUCAUCUUCACGAUCGGAACCCACAGCAUCAACUCUGUGAUCCUUGGUUGGUGCGCCUCAGUGUGCGGACAGACGAGGGAGAAGAAGGCAGCUGCGGUGUCGAUUGUCAUGACCGUUAUGGUUUCGUCGACCAUCUGGACUCCGUACUUGUGGAAUCCUGCUGACGAGCCGAGAUACGCCUGCGCUUGCUUCGGGUGCUGGGUUCUCUAUGGUUACCGCGGCUUGUGCUUGGGUUGUGAAGUUUGUCAUAGUUCGUCGCAACAGGGUUUUGGGGCAGAGUGGUGACGAGAUGUCAAACUUCUACGUGCACUGAACGAAGUAUGAGUGGGCGAGCUUUACAAAGUCGUCGCCAAUUUGUGUCGCAGCGAAACGCUGUGGCUUGAUAGAGUUAUGCACAAUGCUGGUAAGAGUUUGAGGCAGUUGAUACUGUACAUCAUUCCCCACGGUGCCGUGCAGAAUGUACUUCCUAUACUAUCUCUCGGAUAUGAUCAAAUCCAG